AUGGCAUCGACGAAGGUGGAACUUCUUCAGCUCGACAAAAAGACAAACUUCACGCUAUGGCAAGUCAAGAUGAAGGCAGUUCUUAUGCAACUAGAUCUAGAAGAUGCUCUUUUUCCAACGAUACCUGCUUCAUGGACUGAGGAUCAUAAGAAAAUGGUAAAUCAAAAGGCUCUAACUCAAAUACAACUUCAUCUCACAAAUGACAUCAUUAGGGACGUUCAAAAGGAGACAAAAGCUCAUAAGUUAUGGUCAAGGCUUGACGAGAUAUGUAUGGUUAAAAUUGUCACCCGACAAAAUCUUGUCAAGCAACGACUAUUCAAUCUACAGAUGAUGGAAGGUACUUCUUUGGAAUCCCAUUUAGCCACUUUUAAGGAUAUUAUGACAUAACUUGAAGCUCUUGAUGUAAAUACGUUAAUUGAAUAGGAUCUUUGCUCCCUACUUCUUAUGUCUCUACCAUCAUCUUUUUCAGGCUUUUGGGAUAUUCUAUUUUAUGGGUCUAAAGGUCUAUCCCUUGAGAGUAUUUAUGAAGCUCUCUCAUCCAAGGAAAUCAUAUGCAAGUUCUCAAAGAUGACUACAUUGUCUCAAGCUGAAGGCCUUGUCAUCCGAAGACGUGAUCUUGAGAGAUAG